CAUACAGGCGCUUAGGGAGGUGUAGCCAUGUCCGCUGAGCGACAGAUGUUCCCGUCGCUGUUCUCUCCGCCGCCUUUCGCUGCAGUCGGAGCGGUAGAGAGUGCCGUGGAGCCUGUGGUCAUUCCCCAGUCAGAGGUGGAAACAUUCAGGAUGUUCCUGAACGAGCGGCUGACGGCAGCAGUGGAGGAUAUUCUGAGCGUGUUCGGGAAGACAGUGGCUCGGUACCAGGAACAGAUAAACUGCCAGCAGCGGGAGCUGGACAGCCUGAGGUCCGGGGAGCGCGAGUGGAGCCGGGCAACAGAGCCUCUGCAGGACUCAUCCUGGAUGAAAAAAUGUCCUGAACAUCAGAGCCUUGAUGCCCCCUUGUUUCAUACCGACAAUCUUAUUGAGAAAGUCGUCGACACUUCAGCUGCUCUGAUUAAGUCAGAAGGUGUGGAUGAGGACUGUGGAGAGUCGACAACAUGCCAUGACUCUAGUUUAACACACCAGCUGGAUCCAGAAGCAGGGAGUGAUGACCGAGUUAUCUGUGAGGACUCUGACACAGAGAACAGCGAGGACGGCUGGAGAGACGAUGCCACGUUGUGGAAGUCAGAGGAAAUGGCAGAAAACAAAGAUCAGAGUUCAAGUUCAGAACCUCAGGCCUCCACUGAUCCACCACAGUUUGGCUGCCAGAUUUGUGGCAUCACCUUCCAGAAGAUGGGCUACCUGAUCACCCACGCUGCAGUGCAUCAGGAAAACUGUGGAGUUUGUGGAAAACAGAUGGAACAAACGGAAAGCAUCAAGCUUCACCUGAAAGCUCACAGAGAAACGUCAUUCCGCUGCAGCGUCUGUGGGCAGAGCUUCACGCUGCGGGGGAACCUCCGCAUCCACAUGAAGAUCCACUCGGGCGAACGGCCACACAGCUGCAGCAUCUGCGGCAAGAACUUUGGCCGGCGGGCGUCGCUGGUGCGCCACGUGCGCAGCCACAUGGGCGAGAAGCCGUUCGCCUGCAUGUACUGCGGCCACAGCUUCACGGAGAAGGGCAACCUGACGGUCCACCUGCGGACACACACAGGAGAGAGGCCGUACCGGUGCUCCAUGUGCGCCCGCAGCUUCAGUCAGCUGUCCAGCUUCUAUAAACACCCGUGUCAGAAGAAAGGCCUGAUCUGUUCUGCCAUUACUGCCACCUGACAGCUGGGACACGUGAGCAGCUGCAGAAGGGCUUCCCCUGUGAAACAGAGCAAAGUAAUGGACACUUUUAUCAAAGUAACAUUUCAUCAGGGUUUAUUGAUGACUAGAAACUUUUUUUAUUCUCUCUGUUUCAAAUAUUUCAGUCAUUUUAUUUUAAUUUUAGGAUUUUUUGUCUUCAAACCAUAGGGUUAAUAUGCAUAAUAAUAUUUAAUAAAUAGCUUUUUGAACACCUGUGGAAGCAGUAACUGAGCCCUGCUCUUUGUAAUUACAGAUAAUAAUUUUUUUUUUGUUUAUUCGAUUUACAAGGAAAAGCAAUGUUGAAAAACUGUUGAUUAAAAAUCAAAAAUAUUGAAGAAAAAAAACUUCAGUCACUUUUCUCUAGCUUUAUCCUAAGCAAUAAAACAAUAAACUUUUUGAAAAAUUGUUAAAAAGGUGGACAUAAAAGAAUUACAUGUCACAUUAAAACAUCCUGCAAAAUUCUACUGAAAAAAUCCCAAAUCUAUUCACAGUAAAUGAUUACAAUAGGUGCAUGCAGCUGCACACCCUUAGAUUAAUACUUUGUACAUUUUUGUUUAAUUCCAGCAUUUAGUUUUCUUUGGUAGUAGUCAUAACUUCAUGCCCAUCUCUUGGCUCAUUAAUGUUGUAUUUGGAAAGACAUUCUGCCAAAAUUGUCCAACUGUAUCAGAUCGAGAGGACUUCUCUGUCCAUGUCCCUCUUCAGAUGUUCCCAAAAUUGAUGGCACAUAGUGGCGGUUUCUGAUAUGGGCAACAUGGGCAACCGCCUAGUGCGGCAUCUUGUGGGGGCGGCAUGAGACUCUCCCACAUCUCCAUCCCCAGUCUUCCAAUUGUUAGCAGUUUUUUGCAUCUUUGUUUUAUUGUUAUUUUGGAUUUUGUUCCCACUAACAUUUAUUCUUGUAAAAUGUUUGGAUCUGAUUCAUAAACAGUUGUUUAAACACUCAAAAUAGUGGAGUAUCUACAGUGAUGUGAAAGGCUUUUAAGAAACCAUCAUACAAAUUUAACCUUUUUUUUACUACUCUACCUCAGUUUUUACUUAAUUUUGGAGUAUGUGUUGUGUAAAAGAUAUGCUUCAUAAAAAAUAUGGGACCAUUUAAAAUGAAAGGUUUAUGGUAAAUUGGAUCAACCGUCGAUUUUAGCUGCAGGUUUUCUAAUUGGUUCCAUCUUUACACGCCACUUGCUAGGAAUAUUACACAGCUCUGUCAUUGGAAAUAUUUUGUUGGAAGACAUUUGCAGUUCUCUUUGCUAAAGUUGUGUCUUUAAGAUGAUGAGUUUACUUAUUUUUAUACUGAUUCUAAUUUCUUAUACCCUAGGCUAAAGUUAACACAAUUUGUCUGAAUAAAAGUUGAGACUUUUGUUGUGUGGAAGAUUACAAUAAAUUCAUGUUUGUAGGAAGGAAACCAAAGUUUCAUUAAAUAAACUAAGACUUGUUAUAA